AUGGCAUGCGUGCUCCUCUUCAGUCGACUUCUUCCCUUCUCACACCGGCUCACAAGAACAUCCAUUUGCUUAUUAUCCCUUUUCCUUUCUUAUGUGUGCUACUGUGCACUGUUCCCUGCCGAUACCAUCAUGCAAAAGUCAGGUGAUCCGACGCCCAGCUGUCAGCGCGUCCUGGCCGAUGGAGCCAAAAGGCGCAUUCAGAAAUCCGCGUCCUGCGUUUUGCCUUUGGAUGCGAGACCGAUGAGCGUCGAGGCAUCUCGGCUGAAAACCGACCAAAGACCUUCCUUGACUCUCCACAUCGACACGCCCAGUCCUCCCAUGGGUAACUUAAAGUUUGGGAAUAAAAAGUUACCGAACGCCAUUAUAGUUGGUGUGAAAAAAGGAGGCACCAGAGCUGUUCUGGAGUUCAUAAGGAUUCAUCCGGACGUGCGAGCGGCUGGCACCGAGACACACUUCUUUGACAGGAACUAUGAUAGAGGCUUGGAGUGGUACAGAGGCUUAAUGCCGAGGACUCUGGAAAGCCAGAUCACAAUGGAGAAGACGCCGAGCUACUUUGUGACAAAAGAGACGCCGCACCGGAUCUCCUCCAUGUCCCGGGAUACCAAGCUCAUUGUGGUGGUGCGUGACCCCGUCACCCGUGCCAUAUCCGACUACACCCAGACUUUAUCGAAAACUCCCGACCUGCCGAGCUUCCAGGAUCUGGCCUUCAGAAACCAGAGCCUGGGCAUCGUGGACACGUCCUGGAACGCCAUUCGGAUCGGCCUGUACGCUCUGCACCUUGAAAACUGGCUCCGCUACUUCCCUCUGGCUCAGAUCCACUUUGUGAGCGGAGAGCGUCUUAUCACGGACCCGGCAGGAGAGUUGGCGCGAGUGCAAGACUUCCUCGGGUUAAAGCGCAUUGUCACAGACAAACACUUCUAUUUCAACCGCACCAAGGGCUUCCCUUGCCUUAAGAAGCCGGAGAGCAGCGGCUCGCCUCGCUGCCUGGGCAAGUCCAAGGGCAGGACUCACGUGCAGAUAGACAGAGACGCCAUAGAGCAACUGCGAGACUUCUACAGACCUUACAACGUCAAGUUCUACGAGAUGGUGGGUCACGAUUUCAAGUGGGAGUAG